GUUACCUUCCUUCCUUCGGAGUUGAAUCUUACUGUCAUGACCCUGGAGGAAAUUAGUUCCCACUGCAUUAGGGCUUUGACUGCCACUGGUGACAUAUCUUGUCAAGAAAUGUACACAGAGGUGAUGAACAAGAUAUGUGGACCAGACCGACCGUACAUCAACCCAAAUGAACUAGAAGCAUUGCAUUUGAAAAUAUAUAAUAAUUGUAUUGAGAAGUUCAAUAGUUGCCCUAAAAUGGGUGGUGAAGCAUUUUCUGAAGAGUAUUUGCAUCGCUUAAAGGAAACAAUAACGCAAAUGGGAGAAGACUUCCGCUUAGCGAAUUCUAAAAAGAACAUAUUUCAAACGUUUCGUACUCCAACCGUCUUGGUUGUCAUCUUACUGCUUUUCUAUGUUGUCACAGGAAUAUUUGAGUUCAUUGGCUUAUCAGUGAUUUCAAAUAUUCUGACUAUGCCGUUCUACACUGCUUUAAUAACAUUGUUUACCUGGUUGUUUUUAAGUUAUACUGGUCAAGCGCCGGAAUUAGCCAAUGCUAUAGACCAUUCAGCUGAGUUAGUGAUGAAUAAGGUCUUCACUCCUGCAAUAGAAGUAGUUGAUAGACGUGGAAUUGCUCAGUUAGUUGGAGGUGGUGAUUUGAUUCCUCCUAAUAACCAUGCUACUAGAAGCUGAAAUAUUUAGUUACAUCAAGUUAUAUUUUUUAUCAGUGUUCUUACAACUUGAUAGUGCUACUUUAUUAUUUAACUGAAUAUGAAUUCUGGUCUUUAUUCUUCAUUCUUCUUUGUACUAUAUAAUGGUAUUAAGCAUUACUAUGAUUCAGUACUGCAACUCCCUCUUGACCUUUUAAAGUUCAACAAAAGACUGUCGGUCUGAAAUUGUGAACAAUCUCGGUUAUUGUGCAUAUAUCUUAUUAUAAUUUUGAGGUUUUAUGUCUCUAUCACACCAUUGGUUUGUACUUUACCUUAUGUGUAUUAUGUUAAACCCCAUACCAAACAAGUU